GCACUGCAGAAGGUCAGUGGGAGAAGGAGAGGAGAGACAGGCAGAGGGAAACGCAGGGGUGGGGUGCGUGGAUGUACAGGAACAUGCCGACAGGAGAGCGUGCGGACGAGCGAUGACAGCCAUGCUGAGCCCAAAGAUCAGACAGACCAGGAGAGCCAGGUCAAAGAGCAUGGUGAUGAGCGAGGUGUCGCGAGGAUCGUGCCGCCCAGCCUCCCCGAGCCUCCACGAGGGGGCGCUGAAGGCGGGCUGGCUGAAGAAGCAGCGCAGCAUCAUGAAGAACUGGCAGCUGCGCUGGUUCGUGCUGCGCUCGGACCAGCUCUACUUCUACAAAGACGAGGAAGAAACCAAACCGCAGGGCUGUAUACCACUGCAGGGAUGCCUGGUCAAUGAGCUCACAGCUAACCCAGACGAACCAGGAAGGCACCUGUUUGAGAUCGUACCAGGCGGAACAGGAGAGAAGGAUCGGGCACCCAUCAGCCAUGAAUCCUUCCUGCUCAUGGCAAACUCCCAGAACGAUAUGGACGACUGGGUCAAGGCCAUACGGCGGGUCAUCUGGGCACCAUUUGGAGGAGGGAUAUUUGGCCAGCGUCUAGAGGACACAGUGCAGUACGAGAAGAAGUUUGGCCCCCGCCUUGCACCCCUGCUGGUUGAGCAGUGUGUGGACUUUAUCAGAGAGAGGGGUCUGGAUGAGGAAGGUCUCUUUCGAAUGCCAGGACAGGCCAACCUGGUCAGGGAGCUGCAGGAGGCCUUCGACUGUGGGGACAAGCCCCUGUUUGACAGUAACACAGACGUCCACACAGUGGCAUCCUUGCUGAAGUUGUACCUGCGAGAGCUGCCCGAACCAGUUAUCCCCUUCUCCAAAUAUGAAGACUUUCUAACCUGUGCGCAGCUUUUGGCCAAAGAUGAGGAGGAGGGAGUCCAGGAGCUUGGAAAGCAAGUUAGCACUCUACCUCUACCGAACUACAACCUCCUCAAGUACAUAUGCAAAUUCCUUGAUGAGGUCCAGUCCCACUGUAAUGAGAACAAGAUGAGUGUCCAGAACCUUGCCACAGUAUUUGGACCUAACAUCCUUAGACCGAAGAUGGAGGACCCAGUCACAAUCAUGGAAGGAACUUCUCUUGUCCAGCACCUGAUGACAGUCCUGAUCAGGGAACACAACCGUUUGUACUCAGGGAGGGAACAGGAGGGGCCAGCUCUACCCCAAACUGAGAUCCCCAUCCAAGGGCAUCAUCUCCAACACCGCAGCCUGGGAGCCUGGAUCUCUGAAGAGGACCUUCAGAGUUGCCCCGUCUCCAACCCAGACCAAGAUCUGCACAGCAGUGCCUCAUCCCUGGAUGCCAAGCUGUGCGCAGCUGUCAGUCCCACUCAGACCCCUAACCCAAACCCUGGACCAAAACUUGGGUCUUCAUCGGGAAAGAGUGAGACGGUAAUCAGUCCGAGUAAACAAGCCAAGACCAUGCCUUCCUGGAAAUAUUCCUUCAAAAGCUCCUCAGCGCCUCGUUCCCAGCCGCAAGCUAAGCAAACCAGCAGCAGUGGCUCCGCAGCAGAUACAACCAGUCUGUCGUCUGGUGGUGGAGGAGGUGGAAGCAGUGGCAACUGGCUUAUGAACGGUUUGUCCUCCUUGAGGGGACACCGGCGCACAUCUUCAGGUGAACGGUCCACCCGUGACCGUGACUCCACCGGCUCCUCCCAGAGGCUGUCCACGUAUGACAACGUGACCUCCUCCUCUAGCAUGGGGAGCGUUCCAAGUGUAUCCAGCACACCGUGGUCCACGUCCUCCUGUGAAAUAUCUGUCCCAGACUCUGCAAGCGAGCCCCCGGUGCACCAGAACUGUGGAGGUGGGGUGGAAGGUGGAGAAAGCCACAGAGAGAUUAACAAGGAAAGGGACGGAGGGAUGACGACAGACGCGAGCUCCGAGCAGGACAGUUGCGAGGCCAUGGAGCUGUGCAGCAGCAGCGCAGCCUGCAGUGAAAAUGGAAACGUGGCCACGGCAGCCGGGGUGCCGUCCAUUAUCAUGUCCGAAGAUGGAGAUGGGGAAAAACUAACACUGAGCAGCCUGGUAGAGGGACUGAAAGACGAGCUGAGAAAACAGAAGACUACAUAUGAGGCCAGGAUCCAAAAAUUGGAAGAGUCUAGUGCUGCUCUGUGUGCCCAGAUGGAGCGUUUGGAACAGGAGAUGGAGCAGGAGAGGAAGAAGCAGCGCAUGCUGGAGAUAAAACUCAGAAACUCUGAGCGGGCACGGGAGGAUGCGGAGAAUCGCAACCGCCUCUUGGAAAAGGAAAUGGAGGAUUUUUUUGCCACGCUGGGCGAUCUGGCCCUCGGUGCAAGGACUAGUGACCUUUGAUACACGGCCGCUCAUCUGUCUCGGGGUGGGAGGGGCAUUUUGUGGUAUGGGUCCUAACUCAAAAUAAGACUGAAAAUAGAAAAUAAAGAAAACCUACUUGUGCACAUUCAGGAAAAGCUCAAUAGAAGCGUAGAGAUGACAUAGAAAAUUCUGAAGGAAGUAAACUUUGACUGUUUUCCUUCUGAGGAUCAUCUCUACUAAACAGCAAGUGGUCCUGAUUUUGUUACGCAUGCUUCAAACUCAUUUUAAAAGAUGGCACUUCUGUGAUUACUGCAGAGGUCUGUCUUACAAAGGGAGUUCAGGUGCCUGGAUAUGAAUGGUGGAACAUAAUGUAACAUUUUAUGAAGUGGAGAGCACUGACUUCUUUAACCACUACUUUAAAAGGACAAUAACCGAAUGGAUUUUGUGUUAAAAGUGUGCAACUUAAGACAGUGGACUGCUGUUUAUCUGUAUGGGAUCUUAAAGCAAUAGCUUCACAUUUUGGGAAAUACAGUUAUUUGCUGUCUUGCAGAGAGUUAGAUGAGAAGUAUGAAACCAAUUUCAUGCCUGUAUGUCAAAGAAGGUGCUAAAGCUAGUAGCCAUUUAGCCUAGCUUAGGGGCACAAACACAAGGCUCUGGAACCAUUGGUAAAGAGACAUUUUUUUAAAGAUUUUUUUUUAAGCUAUUAGGCUAUUGAUUAUAAAAUGCAAAAGCCUACUGGAAUUAUGAACACAGCUUCAUAGUGAUUGUUUCAAAGUAGCCGUGAACAUGCUAAUAGGUAGCUAAGAGAUAGAUCGCUAAUAGCUUAAAGAUAUUUUCUUACACUUCACAGUUAUUCUGCUUUGUUGAUGAUUUAAAAAAGGGAAAGUAAUUAGUUUUUAUUAGAUCAGUUACAGUUAACUACAAUAAAAAUGUCAUUUUAAUAAUAAAAAUUUAAAACCAACAAAGAAUCAUUAAUAGACAAAAGCUAUUAUGCAUAGUAUGGUAAAAGACUUUAAUUUAUACCUGUUAGUAAUAAGUCAUUUUACACGUAACAGGCGGUGUUUCCUUCAUCAUACACCUCAAAAAGCAUUUUGGCCCCAUACAUAGAUUUUUUGGUCAGAAAUUGCUAGAAAUGGCUCAUUUGAUAAAGGUAGCUCACCAAUUAGCCUAGAGUAACACAGGUUAAAAUGGUAGCUUUGUACUGCUUAUAUAUAAAAACUUCACUGACACUUGCAAAGCUAAUUGAUUAGCAUAUAUAAUUUCAUUUUCUGGGCACUUAAAAAACUAAAAUAUUAAGAAAAUAUUAGGUUGUGAUUUUCAUGCUAACCAGAGGUAGCUAUGUCUAGCUUUAAUAUGCAUAAUGGUAUUGGACUUUUUAGCUAAAACUUGGCAAGAAAGCAAAUAAACUUCCCAAAAUGUCAAACAGUGUCUUAUACUGCAGGGUCAGUUUAGGCUGUAGAGGAAGCUAGCAAACGCUUUUCUGUUUCAGAAUUUGAAAAUGUUAGUUUCUAAAAAAGAAAUGUAACUUUUACAAAUUGACCCUUUUUAAAUAUCAUUUUAAUCUUUUAAACACCAGACACUGAAAUUAUACUAGGUGGGUGCUGGCCAAAAUCCCAUUCAUGUACUGUAUAUCUUCAAAUCUGGGCAAAUGAAAGUUUUUGAGUAGCUUAUAACUUCUAAUUACGAGUAUUAUGUACUAUUUGGGUAAACUGACUCCUUAACUACAGUGGUAGCUUUAGCAGGUUCAAUUUGUAUAUUGCAACACAAAGGCAGGUUUAAGAAAACUACUCUUUCCAAACAGUUUCUUUUCAGAGGGGGAAAAAAAAAGCAAACGCAUUAACAGAUGGGAUUUCUGCCAUAGCUCUUCUUUGUCCUCAGGCCCUUCCAGUGCCUCUCGUCACCAUCGACAUGGUUCCCAAACUCAUUUGAUGGCGAAGCCUCGAUCUUUGGUUCGCUCUGAUCCUCACUGAUGUCAACAUACCUUUAAUGUACAGAUAAUAUAACAGGGACAAUUCUUUUCAGCUUAGCACACGGGAUAUGUGCCUCAGUACAUGAAGGCCAUUUACAGUACACAGUAAAAUACCAAAGCUAGACCGCCUCAGCUGUUCGCUCACGAGAGAUCAGAAUGGCCUGCCUGGAAGCCACGUUGAUUUUGGCACAUGAAGCUGAACACUGCCCUCAAAGAAACAAUGGAGUUUCCUGGUUGUGCCUUCAGGGAAGCGUUUUGAACUAGGAAAAAUGUAGUGUUGCUUGCUUGUCCACAGAUGUGGUGCAUAUACUUCUCCAUAAUACAUGGCUUUUUUAAAAGACAUAUGGAACAAACUGCUGAUGCUGAUGAGUCCCUCGAAGGUGCCAAUUCUUGUGAAAGUGAAUUGUGAAUUGAAUGGAAGUUUUGCAUUAAGAAUGUAUCUUUAUAGUGAAUGUAAUGUGUUGUUGAUCAAGCCAGCCCGAUAGAAAAUUGUAAACCAUAGAGAAAGUAUCAAACUCACUGUAACACUCAAAUGUCUGCUCCCAAGAUGAGUGAGUACUACUGAGUUUUGUGAAAAUCUUCAGCAUCUUACCGUUAAUCAGAACAUCGAGAGGUGUAACUAGUAGCAGUCAAUCCCCGAAGGGCCCCUUAGACAGUACAGUUAUAUGUGAAAGCGUGCUUUUGGUUGGGCAAUGUGACCAUUUUUUAAAGAGCUAAAAGACAGUGUUGUUAUAUUGACUUCAUUUGCACAUGUACACGCAGAACACGAUGGUCUAACUCGCUGAUUCCAACAGCCUUUUAUUUUUCUCUUAUGUAUGUCUCAUGACGAAGGUUAAAUGUUUGUUAUUGCUCUGCUGAUCAUCUAUGGUGCUUAUUUAUUAUGGAUUUCCACUAUUGUAACAAAUGGCCAUGUAUGGAAAUAAAAGUGACAAGGAUCACACACGUGACGG